AUGGCUCCAAUUGAUUACUUAUUGUUUGAAGAACCAACUGGUUACGCUAUCUUCAAGGUAAAAUUACAACAAGACGAUAUUGGGUCCAGAUUGGCUGAAGUUCAGGAACAAAUUAAUGAUUUUGGCUCCUUCACUAAAUUGGUUGAAUUGGUGUCUUUUGCACCAUUCAAAGGUGCUGCUGAAGCACUAGAAAAUGCUAAUGAUAUUUCUGAGGGAUUAGUAUCUGAAAACUUAAAAGCUGUUUUAGAUUUGAAUUUGCCAAAGGCAUCCAAGGAUAAUGCUGUUACUCUUGGUAUCUCUGAUAAGAAUUUAGGUCCAUCUAUUAAGGAAAUUUUCCCAUAUGUUGACUGUAUUGCUAAUGAAUUGGCUCAAGAUCUUUUGCGUGGUAUUAGAUUACAUGGUGAAAAAUUAUUAAAGGGCCUACAAGCUGGUGACUUAGAUAGAGCUCAUUUAGGUUUAGGUCAUGCUUAUUCCAGAGCUAAGGUUAAGUUCUCUGUUCAAAAGAAUGAUAACCAUAUCAUCCAAUCUAUUGCCUUGUUAGAUCAAUUGGAUAAAGAUAUCAAUACAUUUGCCAUGAGAGUUAAAGAAUGGUAUGGCUGGCAUUUUCCAGAAUUAGCUAAAUUGGUUCCUGACAAUUACAACUUUGCUCGUCUUGUUCUUUUUAUUAAAAACAAGGCUUCUUUAAAUGACGAUUCUUUACACGAUUUGGCUGCCCUUUUGAAUGAAGAUGCAGGUAUUGCACAGAGAGUCAUUGAUAAUGCUCGUAUAUCUAUGGGUCAAGAUUUAUCUGAAACCGACAUGGAUAAUGUUUGUGUUUUUGCUCAAAGAGUUGUUUCAUUAAUUGAAUACAGAAGACAAUUAUAUGACUAUUUAUGUGAAAAGAUGCACACUGUGGCACCAAACUUAUCAGAAUUAAUUGGUGAAGUUAUUGGUGCCAGAUUAAUUUCACAUGCUGGUUCCCUAACUAAUUUAUCAAAACAGGCUGCUUCAACUGUUCAAAUUUUAGGUGCUGAAAAGGCUCUAUUUAGAGCUUUAAAGACAAAGGGUAACACUCCAAAAUAUGGGUUGAUUUACAACAGUGGUUUUAUUGCCAAAGCCUCACCAAAGAAUAAAGGUAGAAUCUCUAGAUAUUUGGCUAACAAAUGUUCUAUUGCUUCUAGGAUUGACAAUUAUUCUGAUGAACCAACUAAUGUAUUUGGUGCUGUAUUAAAAAAACAAGUUGAACAAAGACUAGAAUUUUACAGUACUGGUAAACCAACAUUAAAGAAUGAAUCUGCAAUCAAAGAAGCCAUGGAUUUAUAUAACAAGGAUAAACCAACAGAUCUUCCUUCUGAAGAAAAGAAGGAUAAGAAAAGAAAAUUAGAAGUUGACGAAGGUGAAGAAGAAAAACCAAAGAAGACUAAGAAGGAAAAGAAGGAAAAGAAGGAAAAGAAAGAGAAGAAAGAGAAGAAAGGGAAGAAAGAGAAGAAGGAAAAGAAAGAAAAGAAAGAAAAGAAGGAUAAAAAGGAAAAGAAAAGUAAGAAAUAA